AUGAGGAAGAUUGCACGGUUUACCUCUUCUUUCCAGCAACAGAUGACAAAAGAGCAGCAUAGGAAGGAUGGAAUUAGUGGAUUGCCAGACGAGAUCCUUAUUGCCAUCCUGUCUCUUUUGAUGCUUAAGGAAGCUGCAUGCUCUAGUAUUCUCUCACGCAGAUGGAGAUAUUUAUGGAGACAUACAACUGGUAGUUUCAACUUCGAUUUAAAGACGUUACUAGGAGCUCCUACAGAGAGAGCUUUUUCAUGUUCUGAACAUGAAGAAAAGCGUACUACAUAUACAAAUUGGGUUAAUGAAAUCUUGAAAUUGCAUCUUGGCACCUGUAUAGAUGAAAUGAGGAUUUCUUUUGAUUUCUGUGACCAAUACCCUCGCGAUAUCAAUGAUUGGAUUAAGUUUGCUAUGGAAAAGGGUGCUCAAAGUCAUCAUGUGUCACGGAGUAUUGGUUUUGCAGCUGGCUUUUGUUCCCUGACAGCUCUUCGAUUGGUUGGUGUUGAUAUCACGGAGGAUAUACUUGAGAAUUUCCUAUUCAACUGUCAGUUUCUUGAACAAUUAGGCAUUGAAAUACAGCGGUUCCCCAAGUAUUGCCGUGAUCUUGGUAAUCUCAAGCAAGUGGAAUUUUUCUUUCUAGGAGAUGUUGGUGACUGCCUUCUUAGUUUCACUUCUGUGAUUGAGAUGCAUAUUGGACCGGUUGAUAGAGAGAUAAUAAGGGAAGUUAAUGAAAGAACAUAUUUAUAUGCUGUAAAAGAGGUGACUAAAUGUCAUCGUCAAUGCCUUAAGGUGGUGGAAUUGUGUGGGUUUGAUGGGAGUAGCGGAAGCGAAGUUGAACUUGUUUUGCACAUACUUGAGAUUGCUGCGUUACUGGAGAAGAUAAUUAUUGAUACGCGUCUUGUGUUACCCUCCGAAUUUUCACGGGAAGCCGAGAUGGAAGCUGCUAAAGAGCGUGCCAAGCAGCUGAAAAUAAGAUUACUUGCACGACCUGAAAUCAAACCUGUUGAAAACCAAAAAAUGCAAAUAUAUAACGGAAUACAUGAAGCGAGCAAAGAAACCCUCAAGACUUGUAAGAGAUGA